AUGUCCGCGCCGGUGGCAGAGAAAGCGCCAGAUGAUUCCUCCAAGCUGAAGACGUUUCUUUCCAUCCUUCGAAAGGGGCAGGUUCGUGGGCGUCACAGAUAUUGCUUCGGUUCGCUUCUCAUUGCCGGCGCAACUACUGGAACCCCGACCGAAUUUGGUGGGGUGCAAGAGUAUUGGAAUUACCUGGACCGACCGGAGACCUUUGCGAGCAUUGGCAAGUCAGAUGAUGAGUUGGGUCGCAUGCUGGAGGUGUUGAGGUUUUGGUUCACCAAGGACCUGAAAUACAUCAAGGGCAAACCGUGCAAGCCCUACAACUCUACUUUGGGUGAAUUUUUCCGAUGCAGUUGGGAAGUGCCAUACACUGUCCCCGAGGACUCGAAUCUCCCUGGUGUCGACGCAAGCGUCUCCACUGUUGGCGAUGCCGACGAAAAGGUUAAGAUUUGCUAUUUGACCGAGCAGACAUCGCACCACCCGCCUGUCUCCGCAUUCUACAUCGAUUGUCCACAACGGGGGGGUUUCGGCGCCAUCCGGGUGAGCCCCGGACAGCAUAACCUAGGGAUCUUCGUCAAUAUCGAAAAACGAGACAACGAAGAAUAUCAAUUGACCCAUCCAGACGCGCACCUUGGGGGACUGCUGCGAGGUGCCCUUGCCAUCACCGUCUCGGACGCAUGCUAUAUCACAUGCCCGAAGACGGGGAUGAAAGCCAUAUUGCAGUACUUGGAAGAAGGCUGGAUUGGCCGGUCUCAGAAUAAGGUGGAAGGGACCAUUUUCCGCUACAACCCCGACCAAGACACCACCACGAGGCUCAAAGAUGUGCCGGAGGGAGACGUGAUUGCUCGGAUUAGUGGGUCGUGGCAUGGCAAGAUCUACUAUACUCUUGCAGGGACUAAAGAGCCUCGUCUGCUGAUUGAUAUCACUCCACUCCACCCCGUGGCCAAAGACUUGCCUCCGUCGGAAGACCAGUUGUCCAACGAGUCGCUGAAGUUCUGGUCGGAAGUCACGACAGCGAUUGUGGAGAAGCAGUUCAACGAGGCUACCAAGCUCAAGCAAGACAUCGAAGAGCGACAACGCCAGCGCGCGACAGAGCGCAAGGAAAACAAAAUGGAAUGGAAGCCGCGGUUCUUCACCGGCGCGUUGACUCCGCUGGGCAAACCAGAACUGACGGAGGAGGGCCAAAAAGCCCUCCAGGGGAUUCGGUCGGAGAGCUUUGCCUUGGAGGAGAGCAUCGAGCAGGGCGCAUAG